CUCCCCUCUAUCCCUAUUCAAAUUCUAAACACAGCACAACCCUCUUAUUCUCUCAAGUCUUUAUGGAUAUUUGUGAAAGGAAGGUGAAAGAGACAUAGUCCUUGUAGGCUUUUACGAUCUUUACCUUCCCGUAUCAAUGGAAUAAUUAGAGGGUGAAGAAAACAAGGAGAUCAGGUAGUUCAAGAAAAUGAGCACAGCUAGGUUCAUCAAGUGUGUCACUGUUGGGGAUGGAGCUGUUGGCAAGACAUGCAUGCUCAUCUCUUACACAAGCAACACUUUCCCUACUGAUUAUGUACCUACAGUGUUUGACAACUUCAGUGCUAAUGUGGUGGUCCAUGGCAGCACAGUGAAUCUUGGAUUAUGGGAUACUGCAGGACAGGAGGAUUAUAACAGGUUGAGGCCUCUGAGUUAUAGAGGUGCAGAUGUGUUCUUGCUGGCCUUUUCUCUAAUCAGCAAAGCUAGCUAUGAGAACAUUGCAAAGAAGUGGAUCUCUGAACUAAGGCAUUAUGCCCCAGCUGUGCCGAUUGUGCUUGUGGGAACCAAACUUGAUUUACGGAACGAUAGGCAAUAUCUGAUAGAUCAUCCUGGGGCCGCACCAAUCACGACUGCUCAGGGGGAGGAACUAAAGAAGAUGAUCGGUGCUGCUGUUUACUUAGAGUGCAGCUCCAAGACUCAGCAGAAUGUGAAGGGUGUCUUUGAUGCUGCAAUCAAGGUUGUUUUGCAGCCUCCGAAGCCAAAGAAAAGGAGACAGAAGCGUAGGGCUCCUUGUGUGUUUCUCUAAAAUCAAUAUUCAGCUAUCAGUUUCUUCCAUGAGAAAUCUUGAUGACCCAGCCAAGUCAAGAUCCUGUAUCGCUUAGUAGAGUCACGAUAGCAUUUCUGUUUUCCAAUCUCUCUGGGCCUCUAAUUUUGCUUUUUCGUAAUGUAAUAUGUUCAUAUGCUUCAGGAGGAUUGUGGGGCAACUAUGUGGUAAACUUGAAUCUGUUAUCAUGUAAUGAUAGUAAAAUUUGUGUAUCAAAACCCUAAUAUUAUGAUC